AUGUGGCCUUCAGGCAAAGCUGCUUCUCUGUCUUGGGUUCUGGGCAUCCUUGUUGGGAACUUAAGAACCCGUGAAAGUGACCUCGUCCUUCCGCCACACCAACCGUUCCAAGAAAUGCUUCGGAAGGACUGCAGAAGCGGAGGAGAAAGCACAGCUGGGGAAGCACUGCAUCUCCGUGUCCAGAUUUCUGUCCCAGGCAAGGCCACCAAGGUGGACCAAGCAGCCCACCAGAUGUUUGAUACCCUUCCUGCAUUUGCUGCUUGCCAGCCAGUGCCUGCUUUGCAAACCUUGAAGCCUCAGGACAGCCAAGGCUUCUGCAACAUGCUGGCUCAGCGCAUUGCCAAGCUAGUUCGCCUUGGAGCCUCUGGACACGGAGCCCUGGGGAGGGGUAAUCCCGGGUUGGCGCCGGGCAGCUUGCAGCCGGGGAGAUGCUUCGGUUACACCCAGAAGCUUCACAACGUCCCUGCGGAGAAGGGUUCUACAGACAAAGUGAGGCUACAUUUUAUUAACCGGGAUGGAGAGAAAUACUCAGUCGCAGCCAAAGAAGGAGAAAGUCUGCUGGAGGUGGUGAUAAAUCACAAUAUUAACAUCGAUGGCUUUGGGGCCUGCGAGGGCACACUGGCCUGCUCCACUUGCCACCUUAUCUUCGAGAAAGCUGCAUUUCAACAGCUGGAUGAGAUCAGUGACGAUGAGCUGGACAUGCUAGACUUGGCCUACGGACUGACUGACACGUCUCGUCUUGGCUGCCAGGUGUGUGUGAAGAAAUGGAUGGAUGGCCUGACCGUCCAGGUGCCCACGGAGGUCUCAGAUGUCAGGAGAGAACUGGAAGUGGAAAAGCAAAACACACAGUAGCCAAAGUGCAUGACAUGCCACGCAAAUAUUAUCCUGAUCCUGUCAAAAGUGGGAUGGUCCUUGCUUUCCGUAUUGAAAACGAGCUCACCCUAGACCAACCAAACCCCAUUUCCAGGUUCACAUAACUUGCUGCGCCCAACGAAUUCAAGGAUACUGUGGCUUAAUAUGACAGUUUAGUUCACACAAUACGUGGAAAGAAUCACUGGGUCAUCACAACCCACUUAACCAUGCACAACACAGCUUCAUUUUAGCCCUAGUUUAGGUUGUUGUAUAAAACUGGUCCCUGAAAGGUAUUCUGUGUUCAAAAUCUGCAGCUUCAAGCAACAAACCUGAAUUGGGAUGAAAAAAUUGUUAUCUGUGGAGCUCGCCUUAGAAGGCUUAGGAAGACUACUGUAUGUUUGUUGCUUCCAAGGAAAACUCUUCACUGCUUGAUAGAACUGAUGGGGGAAAGAUUGUGAAAUCCCAGAGUAGCAGCCUAUUCCAAAUCUAUCAGUUGGUGGCUGUGUUUAUCCCAUUACACCGGGCUGUGAUGUGCUCUGAUUUGGAACCCACAUAUGUAACAAGGAAAGGCACACCCGGUGGCCAUACCAUGAGCCAGAGAACGAGCAAGACUUAUCUCAUCUAGUAAAACAAAGUCGAGCUCAACUGGUGAUGACUACAGGGACACAUCUCUGCAAUCUGGCCCUGAUGAUUUUCCUUCCAAGUGAUAACACCAAGUCCAGUCCUGCUUAACUUCCAAGCCCAACCUUGGCUCUUCUAGACUGGUAGGCCAAUUCACAUUUGAACCAAUCCCUUGGAGAGGACAAAUCCUUAGUUCCAUAGAUGUGAAGUUAGAGAGAUGCAGUGAAUGAUUAGGAUCAUUCCUGGCUAUGAAGACCAUUGUCCUGGUUUUUACUGCUGAUUAUUUCUCUGGAGUGCGAUUGUUAUUGUGCAUUUUUCACAAAGUGUAUUUUGAAGA